CACGCGCGCGAGGAGCGUUCAUUCAACCAAACCGCGCCGUUGCCGUUCCGUAUAGCAGGGGUAUUUAAACGAUAUCUCACUAUCCUGUGUCUUAUUCUGACAUAAGAGUAGGCGUUUGUGGCGUUUUCGUUGCCUAGGCGUGCCAACAAAGACUCGAAGAUUUGUUUGUUGUUUACGAACGAUUCAUGUUAAAGAAAAGGGUGACUUAAACGGCUGUCAGUCAUGCGAACGCGGAUUCGUAAGUGGUUGGAGAUAAACACCAGAUAGCCAGUCCUGAAAGUGCCCACAUACAUUUACAAUGACGCGAUUAGAGAACGAAUCGUUAUCUGUUUGACCGAUUCAACCGAUCAAAGUGCAAACAAGAAACGAGAGGCUUCUGUCAGGGAAGGUGAGGAAGAGGAAUCGUUUGCUACAGGAAUCACUCAAAUUGGCCACUUAAUGGAAACAGGUAACGUUUCAGAGUUAAAGGGGAAGGAGGACAAGCCUCAGUGGAAGGAGUUAAUCGAGGAUAUAAGUGUUUUACAAUGGGUGUUUUCAUUUCUGUUUUUAGGAACGGCCUGUCUGCUGUUGAUGAUCUAUUUGAUGUUCACCUCUCUGUGGCUCAUUCCCACACUCUACUUCUCAUGGCAGAUCUAUGAUUGGCACACACCCGAAAGAGGUGGCAGACGAACAAAAUUUGUGAGAAGCUGGGAAGUAUGGAAAUACUACAGAGACUAUUUUCCUGUGAAGCUAGUAAAGACUGCUGAAUUGAAUCCCAGUAAGAACUAUAUCGUGGGUUGUCACCCCCAUGGCAUCAUGUGUGUGGGAGCCUUCUCGUGUUUCAGCACAGACCGUAAUGGAUUUGUGGAAACCUUUCCUGGAAUACGCCCCACGCUUGCAAUUCUGGCUGGACUUUUCCGCCUUCCUCUCUUCAGAGAGUAUAUUUUGUCUGCAGGUCAGAAACGAAAGUUAAAUAGAGACUCAAUGAGAGAGAAGACGACAUUGAAAAGGAUGAAGUGUUUCUCCAUCUAUUUCUCAUUCUCAGGUCUGUUGCCUGUGAGUAAGGAGAGUUUAGAUUACUUGCUGAGCUGUACUGGUGUGGGCAAUGCUGUAGUCAUCAUCAUUGGUAGGGCAGAGGAAUCACUUACCUCGUCUCCAGGAGUAAACACUUUAGUCAUGAAACACAGGAAGGGUUUUGUACGACUGGCCCUUGAACAUGGGGCUGACCUGGUUCCUGUGUACUCCUUUGGUGAGAACGAGCUGUUCCCACAGGUGGUUCUGUCCGAGGGCAGCGUUGGUCGACGGCUGCAGGCUCUUUUUAAGCAGAUUACGGGUUUUGCUCCAUGUCUCUUCACUGGGGGGCGCUGGCUGCUUCUGCCAUACAGACACCCUGUCACCACUGUGGUGGGCCGUCCCAUUAUUGUGCCUCAGGUUGACAGUCCAUCUCAGGAACAGGUGGAUCAUUACCACAGUUUAUACAUGAAGGCUCUGUCUGAACUUUUCCACAGACACAAAACCAGCUGUGGACUGGCCGACACACACGAGCUGCGCUUCAUAUAGAAAUGUUGGAAAGCACAAAGUUAUUGAAACAGCUGCUGGAAUUAUGAUGUGGGACAGAAACAUACUUAUUUCUGUAUUGUUUUCAUGUGAACGGUUUAGCUUUUUGGUUCUCCGAAAUGAUGCUCAAAGCACAAAGUGAACCAAAUGAAUGAAUGCAGUUUGGGAUCUAAAUCAGAAUGAUGCUCUCUUCCUAUGGAGCUGUAUAUGUGCUAUAAAUGAACACACAAAAAAACUUUAGUCAUCCAAAAAGAAAGUUUCAGUGAUGGAAAUUUAAAACAGGUUAGUGCUCAUAAUGAAAAUAUGUAUAAAGAGUAUUUUUUUAAAAAGUAUGAAAAAUAUAAUUUUCAGCUAAUAAGUAUUUUAAUAUAAGAAACAUGGAUGAUUUAUACAUGUAUAAUGAUGUUUUUACCUUAAAUUCAUCAGUGGCAUUUUAAAGUGCAAAGUCUUGAAAAUACCUCUCUUCUUGCAAAACAAAUCGUAAAACAAGCACAUUUUUACCACUUCCAGUCAUUUAUUUGUUUCAGACAACAAAAUUGUAUAACAGUAAGAGAAACAAUUGUUUAUACAUAUUUACAUACAAAAGCAAUACUUUGUGUUAAAUUACAAAACUUCAUAUACAAAAACCAUUGUAACUGCUGC